AUUCGGAAAUUAAACUCGUUUUAUUAUUUGAAUUGAGUUCAGCAAUGAUAGUUAAAGUUCUACGUGCGUGUGUGAUAAUAUCUAUUUUAUGGCGGCAGUCAUUUGCGGCGUCAAAAUUAAUUGGAGCGAAGAGCAUUGACGAAAUAUGGGAAGAUCAAAGUUUCCAUAAGUUUUGGAAUAGUAUUACGGAAUUUCUUCUGGCGAAUACUGUAACAGACCCAAAUUUUCGAAAAUAUCACGUAGAUCAUGGAACGGUGGACAGGCUUGAAAAGCAAAUCAACGAAGGAAACUACAAAUUUGAUUAUGCAGAUAGACAUGAAGUUUGGCGUGUAUUCGAACAUUUUAUGGAAAAAUUAGAAAAUCAAAUAGUGCCUUUGAGUACGGCCAAAAUUGUUAGACUUUGUGAUGUAAGACCAGGGGAAGUAGAAAUUGGCUUGGAUGCUUUGAGUAAACUGCCCAAAAACAACAAAAAAUUCAUUGUCAAGCUUAGUAAAUUCCUCCGCAGAGUCUGUUCGAAGACGACAAAAUUCGUGAGAGGCAAUAUUUUUGGGCCAGGAAUGGAUGCUUGGCUUACACCAUAUAAACAAAAAUCGUCUCACAAGUCAUUAUGUGGACGUGGAAAGAGAGAAUUGGAAAUUAUCAAAUAUUUUAUUUACGGUAGAAUGAGUGAGAAUUUUGGUGAUAUAAUUGGUUACAGGAAUGAAAAGUUUCAUAUGAUCAAAUAUCCAGGUGUUGAAUCAACUUGCAAAGUAUUUAAAAACCCAAGUGUGGCACAAUGUUGGAACUCAAGGCCACUGCAGGAUUUUUUGGAGAAUUCUUUAACAUUCAUGAGAGAAAACUGUUUGAUGUUAGAUGGUUUCUUCAAAAAAGAUGGGAAAAGGGCUGAGAGAAAUGCAAUGCAACGAGAGAUCGAAAAUGGAUUACAAGACUAUUCUGGAAUUAAAAAUAAACACAUUUUGGUUCAAUUGUUUAAAUGUUUCUUAAAAGGUUUCAAGGAGUCGGUCAUACCACACGAUGUCGCCGUUAUUAUCAGAAACAACCCAAAGGACCAAAUUGUGCAAAAGUUGAAUGCAGUUCUUGAUGCAUUGAAUGAGCUUCCGAAUGCAAAUAAAAUGUUAAUUGAUAAUGUUUUACGGCUUAUGAGAGAUGCUGCAAAUAUAGACAGCAAUAAUAUGGAUGCGGCUGAUUUGGCAAUAAUGGUGGAUCAAUGCUUCAGCCUCCCAACAACUUUAACGGAAAUUGUGGAUGUGAGGAGUCAAGAGAAUCCCAUGUUGGCACAUCUCAUUACUAUUUGGGGUGAUCAUAUUUAUCUCGAUGAUUACCUUGACUUUGUACAGAGGAAAUGAAUUUGAUCUCAAGCUAUAUAUUAUAUCAUUCUUUUCGAAAGGAAUACAAACAAUAAAUAGUAUACGCAUAUUAGUAACACAAUCCACACAGCUUCAUCUGGAGACACGUGUGCCAUUCAAUGUCUCA